AUGGGAACCGCUCACCAGAUCUUCAGCUUCCUGGCACAGUCGUUGCAUCAGGGCACCAAGCCUGAGGAUUUGAAGAACUUCAACCUCUUGGUGGACAGCAUUGACGAUGUAUUGGAAAAGGUGGACACAAAUCUCAGGGAUGCCAAGUCUGGCAAGCAGACAGAGGAGGCUCCGGGUGGCGACGAGGAGGAGCCGGCGCCGACUCCCUCGGCAGGUUCGCAUGCCCUCCGCGCGGCGAAGCCGCAGGUGCGAUGGCGUCAGCUUGUCGACAACCACCGGAAGCGCUUUGUGCCCAGACUUUUGGUGAAGCACAACGAGAAAACUCCGCUGAGCCUCACGCUCUUGGAAGCCCAGUGCAAGGCUGGAAUCCGGUCGUCUUCCGGAGUGCAAGCGCCGCAGACCCAUCAGGAUGGAGACGGUGAGGAUCCUCUUCCCAACCCGUACGAAGAGGAGCUGAGUGCCUUGUCUUGGCCGGACGAGUUUUUUCGGCCGCACGCUGCCUGUCGCUUCAACCGCAUGGAGGAUACGCCCUUGAUCAUGGUCCGUACAGAGGAAGAGCUGAAAGAGAUGGUGGAGGAGAUCAAAGGAACCUGCAUCGGACAGGAGAUUGCCGUGGACGUCGAGCAUCACGAUUUCAGGUCAUUUCGCGGCUUCGUAUGCCUCAUCCAGGUGUCCACUCGGAAGAAGGACUUCUUGAUCGACCCGUUCGACAUCUUCGAGCAGCUGCACAUGCUCAAUGAGGUCUUUUCCGAUCCGCGCAUCGUGAAAGUGCUUCACGGCGCGGACCGUGACGUGCUGUGGCUACAGCGCGACUUCUCGAUAUACCUGGUGAACAUGUUUGACACGGGCCUUGCCACCCGUGCACUGCGAUUGCAAGGCGGUUACUCGCUCGCCAACCUCGUUUCCCACUUCUGUGGGGUGAAGCUGGACAAGAAGUACCAGACGGCGGACUGGAGAGAACGGCCGCUUUCUACGGAGAUGGUCCACUACGCUCGGGCUGACACGCACUACCUGCUCUUCUGCUACGACUGCCUGAAGAACGCUCUCUUGGCGCAGAGCGGAAUGGCAUCGAAGAGUGGCGUCAACGUCGGCAUGGCGGCGCUCGAGAGCGGCGAAGUCGAGGCGACCGAGGAAGGAGUGCAGAAUCUUCAAGCUGUGUUGCAGAAGAGUGCUGCCUUGUGCGGCCAAGUGUACAAGGAGGUGCCUCUUGACGCUGGCGAACACGCAUCCUCGCUGUCCGAUCGAUUUGGAUCAAGGCAGCGUCCGUUGAAUCCGACGCAGAUGGGCGUUCUCAAGGCACUCAUCGACUGGCGUGAUCAGCUCGCACGCAGCAUCGACGAGUCCCUGAACUUCGUGGCGCCCGACGCCUGCCUUUGGCGAGUUUGCCUUGCCAUGCCCACCUCGCCGGUGAAGCUGCGGAGCACCUGCAAUCCUUUGCCGUCCACACUGCAGCAGCAUGCGCAGGAGGUCGUGGACAUUAUCAUCAAGUCUCAGCAUCCCGGGGUCGGCGUAAAGCUCCCGGCUUCGGACUCCAAGGAGCGCCCGGCCGAACCGGCGACCGCUUCGCCCCGGGAGUCCGUGCCGAGCCCCGUGGAGUCCGAGGACCCUUCGGCCGGCGAGGUGCCAAAUCGACGCGUGGUGCUGGAAGCCUGGCCAGUCCGUCUGGAGCAGUCGCCACGUCCGCUGGUGCAUGUGGCCGCGAGCUUCGGAAGCUGGCAAGGCUCCAGCGAAACCAGCCGCAAGCGCAAGUUCUCCGUGCUGUGUGGCGACUCCUCCGAAGCCGAGGAGGAGCCUCUCCUCGGCGGCGAUGGCAGCGUGAAGAAACAAAAAGGGCGUGCGAGGGUCAUCAGACGGAAGAUCAGUUUUGCAUCUCCCGCUCCCCCUGCCGCUGUCAUUGCGAAAGCUCCAGAACCUCCCGCCAGCGCGGCGGUAAGUGCGCCGGGUGCAACCGUUCCCGAGACCGGCUCGGAAGUGCCCCCGGAAGUCCCGGCGCCGCUCAGAAAGCGGAAGAAGAAGCGGCGGCGUCCUGGCUUAGUGGAGGUGUCCGAGGCCGUCGAGGCGGAGCCCGAGGUGAGCAGCGCGGCUCCAACGGCUCCGGCUCCCCCUCCACCUGCCGCACCUGCCGAGGCAGUGGCAAAGCCCGCUGCCAAGCCGCCGGCCGCAGCAGUGCCCCAGGAGCCGGUGGGGACGGCCGAUGCAGCGGUUCCCAAAGCACCGGCUUCGGCUCUCGAUCCGCGCCCCAAGAAGCGGAAGAAAGUGGUCAAGCGCACGCAGGAGAUGGUGGUGGACCCCUACUUGUGA